GAGCUUUGCCUUUGCAGGAUACCUCCUGAAGAAGAACAAGGACUACGGCGCCGAGCUCGCCCUCGGCAGCAGCGUCGUCCUGCUGGGCGCCGGCGCCCAGCGGCUCAUCGCCACGCAGGCAAAGUCCCGUCCGGCCAUCGGCCUGACCGUCGCCGGCGCGCUGUCGACGUUUUACUACCAGAAGAAGUUUAGGGAGUUCCGCUUCGGCGUGUGAGCUCUUGUCGUUGUGUCUGUGUUUCCCGGGGGGGGGGGGUGUUGAGCCCGUCUUGUGUAUUCUACCGAGGGAGCUGAGACGCCUUUGUAACAACAAUAGAUAGAUGUACACUUACUUGC